AUGUCCGUCUCAUCAUCGUCACGGCGUUACUCAAUUGUCGAACCACAUCCGUCCGUUCCUCCUACUCACUACCUGUCGACCGGACGGGGCGGAGCAGGCAACGUGACCAAGGCCCCUCCGUCGGUCACACCAGGCAGUGAUGCGAAAGGACCAGCGUCGCGAAUUUGGGUCGAGCAACCCGAGACGAACCGCAAGACUUUUAUUGCUGGCCGCGGCGGCGCAGGAAACGUACACCCGGCAAGCGAACGGGCCAUCUUCAGCUUCGACGAGGAACUAGAACGCCAACUCAGCCAGGAGCGGCACGCCGCGCCGGUCUACCACGUCGGCCGAGGCGGGGCAGGCAAUAUCAAGUUCAACCGCUCAACCUCACCUUCGUCUGCAUUCUCGAUAUCCGCCUACCCAAAGCGCGUCUUUCUCGAGGGCACGACGAGACGGCGGUCAGAGGAUAGUGUGGGGUCUACGUCCUCGACGUCCUCAAAGGCAAGCGAGAGCGGUGCGGAUCAGUUCAACCGCUCCGUCAAGAAAGGGUUCAAGAAGAUGCUGGGUGUCAGCAACCACAUGACUGGUUGA